CGAUUCUCGCCGCGCGGCUUAACGGAUCUGAAAUGGUUGGCGCCACGGGCGACGUCAGUGCCUCCGGCCGAAUCUGCCUCGCCGUCUACCAGCAAGACAACGACUACAACGUCCUCUACAGUAUCGUCGUCUCCACCUCCGACCCUGACGAGCCGUCAGCCGUUCCCAUGUGGGAAGGCGCAGCGGGAGAGUUGGGAAAACCCGUCGUCGCUCUGGUCAACCCCGAUGUCCAGUGGACGAAUCCAAACCCUCCCAGCGACCACAAUGGCGCGCCUUGUGAAUGACAGAAACGGCGGAAAGGAUGAGGGAGCCCUGGACGCGGGCCCAUGUCCGGUGCCCUCGUGGAUCGAGGCUGAGGCUCUCGGGAAUCUGACGGCGAUUCUCGCCGCGCGGCUCAACGGAUCCAAAAUGGUUGGCCCCACGGGCGACGUCAACCCCACCGGCCGAAUCUGCCUCGCCAUCUACGAGCAAGACGACUACAACGUCCUCUAUAGUGUCGUCGUCUCCACCUCCAACCCCAGCGAGCCGGUCGCCCUUCCCAUGUGGGAAGGCGCAGCGGGAGAGUUGGGAAAACCCAUCGUCGCUCUGGUCAACCCCGGUGUCCAGUGGAGGAAACUUACUCCUCCCCCUCCCAGGCGCUAUCUUGACCAGAGAUCGACCCCCGCCCCGCCUCCUCCAAUCUACUCUUAUGCUAUAAACGGCACUUGGCUUGAAGCGAGUACACUGCCCACCGAUGACGGGCAUACAAUAAAGCAGCUGCUGGAUAAGAUAAUAGCGAAGCUUGAUGGGUACUACGCGAGAUUAGAAACGAAUGCUUAUGCAUCGGGUGCAGCGAGGGGGCAGUUCAAAUCGGAGCCAAUUCAUGUUGGUACGGUGGGAACCAAUUUCACUGGCCCCGGCACUGGUGACGUCAACGCUAUAGGCUUCUUUUUUCUCAGCGCCUUCCUCGUCGUCAUUAAGAAGGUCAAUGACGUGGCACUCACCGUGGUCUCCAGCAACGCCACGUGGACCAAUCGCACACUCUCAGAGGCCGAGCGUGCCAAGCUGGGCGGCAAACUGACUCCCAAGGGCAAGAAGGGCAAGAAGCCGCCUCCCCCGCCGCCCCUCUACUACAACUACGUAACCUCCGGCACUUGGUUAUGUUGA